CCCGUGGCCGCUGGAGAGCGGGUUGCGGGCGGAGCCGGGGCCGGUGGUCGCCAUGGAGGUCGAGUCCCAGGCUCAGACCCCGAGCUGGGGCAGGGUCGCGGCGGCCUGCUGACCCGCCGGUGUGUGUGUGUAUGUGCCUGCGCAGGGAGACAUGGAGACCUGUUUGGUGGCCGCGGCGCUGAACGGGGUGGACCGUCAUUCUCUGCAGCGCUCGGCUAGGUUGGGUCAAGAAGUGCUGGAGCGGGCCAGGAGGAGGGCGGUGGACUGGCGUUCGCUGGAGCUUCCCAAAGGCAGCGUGGGGGUCAUUUGCCGGGAACGGCCCUACCAAGAAAGACGGCCGGCAGCUGGCCCCCGGCGCCUUCUCCCGGGAGAGAGAGAAGAAAGAUACCCAACCCUCAGUGCUUCCUUCAGAACAAUGGCUGAAUUCAUGGACUAUACUUCAAGUCAGUGUGGGAAAUAUUAUGCAUCUGUGCCAGAGGAAGGAGGGGCAACCCAUGUCUAUCGUUAUCACAGAGGGAAGUCAGAGCUGAAUGGUCAGAGAAAAGACACCUCCUCUGGUCUUGGAAGCAUCUAUCAAGCAUCAGAGUAUGCUCCAGAGGCAUCCCAGCCUGCUGAGAACAUCUCUAAGGACCUCUACAUAGAAGUAUAUCCAGGGACCUAUUCUGUCACUGUGGGUGCAAAUGACUUAACCAAGAAGACUCAUGUGGUCGCAGUUGAUUCAGGACAAAGUGUGGACUUGGUCUUCCCCGUGUGAGGUUGACCAUCACAGCCAUCACAUCACCUUUUUUUUAAGUAGCAAGAAGAAUAAAGCCACUAUAUGAUUCUCUUAAUAUUUACACAUUAAUCUUGCUUUUAGUGCCGACUGGAGAGGGUCAGCCUUCCUGGGACCUGGAGUUCAUCUCUUUCGGUGCCUAUUUUAACUUGAAAGUGUAGAAGUCCCCCCACCCUCUUUUGCCUGAAAGUAAUAAUGUAAUGAUGCUGUCUGAAUAGUUUUUACAGCUUGCUUUCCAAGUAAAGGUUCAUUAUGAUAAUAAAGGGAGAGAUUUGGAAAUAAAGAGAAUUCCUUUUUUUUUUUUGCUGGGAAAGAUUCACCCUGAGCUACCAUGUCUUGCCAUCUUCUUUUUUUUUCCCCUCCCCAAAGCCCCAGUACAUAGUUGUAUAUCAUAGUUGUAAGUCCUUCGGGUUCUUCUGUGUGAGCCACCACCACAGCAUGGUUAGUGACAGACAAGUGGUGUGGUUCUGCACCCAGGAAUCAAACCUGGGCCGCCAAAGUGGAGUGUGCCAAACUUGAACCGCUAGGCCAUCAGGGCUGGCCCAAGAAUUCCUUUUUAUUGGUAUUAAGAGGUGAAA